AUGGCUCCAGCCAUGGACGAGCAGGCUAGCCCCAACAACAAUGCGCUGCUCUUGCCGCCACCUCCAGGUGGGAAGCAACCACGCCUCACGGACUCACUUCCCACCGCAGCACAGGCACCGCCAGUGGUGGUGUGCUGUGAUGGGAAGCGAGUCCGCGAGCUUGGUUUUGGUCAGUUUGACCCAGUCCUGAGUGAUAAAGAGCAGUUCCCUUAUUUUUUCAGUAUGGUUCCCAAUGAUAAUGUCCAAUAUGAAGGCAUUAUUCAUUUACUGAAACAUUUUGGAUGGAACUGGAUUGGCCUCCUAGCAUCAGAGGAUGAGAAUGGGGAAGCCUUUCUUCAAAGAGUGAAACGCUGCACUGGGAAGGAAGACCUGGCCAGAGUCCCUGGUUCCGUGUUUGAAAUGACCAUGUCUGGAGAGAGCUACAAUAUCUACAAUGCAGUUUAUUCUGUAGCACAUGCUCUGCAAGCAAUGCGUUCAAGAAGAGCAAAGCAAGCGGCAUUGAGGAAUCCGAAGGGAACAAAUCCUGAUUUUCAUUUUCAGCCAUGGCAGCUUCAUUAUUUUUUGAGAAACAUUCGCUUUAACAACAGUGUGGGAGAAGAAAUAUUUUUUGAUGAGAAGGGGGAUUUUGAUCCAGGGUACGACAUCUUCAACUUGGUCGUCUUUCAGAAUAGAUCUUUCCAGAGAGUCCAUGUUGGAAGGAUGGACUCCAAAAUUUCUGAUGGGAAAAUGUUCACUCUCAAUGAAAGUGCCAUUGUGUGGAAUCCCAAAUUUCGGCAGAUUCUGUAUGUUAGCUCUAUAUUCUCUUUUUAUUUGGAAAUGACAAGAUUUUCUUCAUGUCUUCCAGAUGCAGAUCAAUGUGAGAGAUGCCCAGAAGAUCAAUAUUCAAAUGCAGAAAGAGAUCAGUGCCUUCCCAAACAUUUCAGCUAUUUAUCUUUUAGUGAACCAUUAGGAAUCACUCUGACUUCCUUGAUUCUUUUCUUUUCGGCAACCCUCAUUUUGGUGGCAUUGACUUUCUUUCUUCACUGGGACACCCCCAUUGUCAAAGCAAACAACAGAAACAUCACAUGUGUCCUUAUUUCUUCUCUUCUCCUUUGUUUUCUCUGUCCCUUUUUGUUCAUUGGUUGGCCUGGGAAAGUGACUUGCAUUCUCAGGCAAACAGUCUUUAGUAUCAUUUUCUCCAUUUCAAUUUCCUGUGUCUUGGCCAAAACCAUUACAGUCGUCCUAGCCUUUUUGGCCACCAAGCCAGGAAACACAAUGAGGAAGUGGCUAGGAAAAGGUCUGGAGAGAUCAGCCAUUGUCCUUGGCUCCUUCAUCCAAAUUGUUAUCUGUGGGGUAUGGUUGAUCAUAUCUCCUCCCUUCCCAGAAUUAGACAAGCAUUCACAGGUUGAGGAAAUUAUUGUGCAGUGUAAUGAAGGUUCGGAUAACAUGUUCUAUAUUGUCCUGAGCUACUUGGGAUUGCUGGCCACCAUCAGUUUCAUUGUGGCAUUCUUUGCAAGGAAAUUACCAGACACUUUCAAUGAAGCCAAGCUGAUCACAUUCAGCAUGCUUGUAUUUUGCAGCAUUUGGGUGUCCUUCAUCCCAGCUUAUCUGAGCACCAAGGGGAAAUACAUGGUGGCUGUGGAGAUCUUCUCCAUCUUGGCUUCCAAUGCAAGACCUUUGGGCUGCAUCUUUCUCCCCAAGUGUAUAUCAUAA